UGGAAACUGUAUUAGUGGUAGUUUAUAUUAUAUAUUAUAGCCGGUUGUUAUCGCCAGCAUUCCCGCAGCCUGUGGGACAUGAAAUAUAAAUAUAUAUCACUCAUUCAUUUACAUAUCAAGUAUGGCGUGACAUAGAUAACUCCCCACUUUCGCAGAUUGUUUUCGAGCCGCGGGAAUAGAUUGGCCAAAAGAUAACGGCGAGUAGUUGAGGUAUAUAUGAACUUGGUAUUCUAGGGUAUUAGGGAAAGAAAGCACGCGUGUGUCGUUGAGUUUCGGUAGAAAUAUCAAGUACGAAGCUGAAAUGUCGGUAAGAUUUACUAUACUCGUGGAACCUUUCCGGGGAGCCUCUUUUCUCGAACUUUUGAUAUUUUCUAUUAUAUUGACCCUAGCACUGGGAAUUACCAAGGUCGUUUACAAUGUCUUCUUCCACCCGUUAGCCCCUAUACCGGGCCCAAAGCUAUACGCUAUCUCGCCUCUUCCGAUAAGCUGGUCUCGAGCACAGGGCAGGUCCCCCUACAAGUUUGCCGAGCUCCAUGAGAAAUAUGGCCCUAUCGUACGCGUCGGCCCUGACGAAGUCUCUUGUGCUGGUCCCACAUCCUUUAAAGAUCUAUAUGGUCCUCGUUAUGGUAAAGGGGGACCUUUAACCCGUGAUUCGCGGGCCACACCGCUUAAGGAGAAGUUCGGCGCCGUAGGCAUGUUCCAAGCUGGAGUACAGGAGCAUGCUAGAAUACGUCGCCAGCUUAACCCGGCAUUCUCUGAAAAGGCCUCGCGCGAACAAGAACCCCUCGUAAUGGGAUACAUUGACUCUAUGAUCCGGAAACUACGAGAUGCCUCGGCGAGGGGGGAUGUUGUGGACAUUGAAAAGUACACCAUGUGGACGACCUUUGACAUUCAAGGCGACCUAGUAUUUGGCAAAGAUGUCUUCGAGUGCAUAGAGAAAGAGCAAUACCAUCCUUGGAUCAAAAUUAGUAUGGCCUAUUUCACGUCAGGGGUUUACACGCACGCCCUAAACGACAUUUCGUCUUGGGCGCUAUGGGUUUGGCAAAAGUUCCUUAUUCCAAAGAGCUUUGCUGAUGCGCAGGACUAUCAUCUUAGGACUACUCUAGAUCUGGUAGACAAGAGGAUGGCUUCGAAGAAGACGGAUCAUCCGGAUUAUAUGUCAUUUAUUACUAGUGAAAGCAAGGCCGGCGAGGUUCUCACGAAAGAGCAGAUGUAUGCCAACGCCCAGAUGCUGGUAACGGCCGGAUCAGAGACGGUAGCAACAGCAUCUGCUACUACACUUUUUCUCUUGCUCACCCAUCCAGAGGCUAUGGAACGAGUUAAGCGAGAGAUUCGGUCUACGUUCAAGUCAGAGCAGGACAUUACAGCUGCUUCCGUUAUCAAUCUCCCAUACCUCUUAGCUGGGAUAGACGAAUCUAUGCGUGUCUGGCCUCCAGUUGCAACAUCAUUCAACCCUCGACUGAUGUCAUCUGGAUGCUACGCUGUGGAUGGCUAUUUCAUCCCCGAAGGCUCCAUCAUUGGCAUCCACAACCACGCUAUUGGUCGUUUGGAGAGAUACUUUAAAGACGCAAAGAAAUUCGUCCCUGAGCGUUGGUUGGGCGAUGAGAGAUAUGCUAACGAUUCGAGAGAGACCUUUCAGCCGUUUAGCUCUGGGCCAUUGAACUGCCUCGGGCUCACAAUGGGACGUAUGGAGACUCGAGUUAUCCUAGCCAAGCUCGUUUAUAACUUCGACAUCGAAUUAGUUCCCGAGUGCAGAAAUUGGCUUGAGAGUCAGAAGAAUUAUAUCGCUUGGCAUAAGCCCCCCCUAAUGGUAAAGCUGACCCCAGUACAGCGACUAUAGGGUAGUACCGUAAGGAUUGCGGCUGGAAUUAUUGCAUGGAGUACGUAUAGGUAGUAUGCUUUCUUCAGCGGAAUACAUAUGCAGAAACAUCAAUCAUCUCAACGCCGCCUUCUUUCUCCAUUGUCUAAAAGUGUUCAACAAGAAUAUAGCCUGGCCGUAUAGGUACAUGUACAUACAAGCCCUAUAGUUAAACUUGGUUCCCACAGCAGAAAAUGGCGUUUCCGAGGAGAUUCAUAAAAUUCUGGCUAGAGAUAAAACAAAGCUUCCCCUCUGUAGAUCUUUUCCCCGCGGGAUCGGUCCUGUUUCCGUUGCCAUUCGGACAUAUGCGGUGUCAUUUGAUAUAUGACGAGUGCCAUUUUCUCUGCAGCAUUUGGUGUUCUAGCCCUAGGUCGACGUCAAGCCCGCAUGAGUAUGGCGCCAGGUGCAUAUGGCCUGAUAGCGUUCCUGAGGAUCUCUGGGUUGUAGUUAUAGUGUUACGCCACCGACGGGAUAGCCCGUGUAAGGUG